UGGACUAAAACUCUAUUUGGCCAAUCUGAUCCACUUUUAAAUUGGUUUGGUCAGUUAAGGAUCAUUUAAUUAAAUCUGUUUUUAAGAUCUGAUAUAUGUUAUAUAAUUUUUCCAAAACAGAUUUGUGUUUUAAUUAUAUAGAUUUUAAAAAUUGGAAAAUCCAAAGUUAUAUUCUGUAAUCUGAACCUAAUUUCAAUCCUCUCCUCUGUUUCAAAAUUUUUAGAACCCUAAAUCCUCUUCACACUCGAAAAUUUCAGUGGAAAGGUAGAGAACGCACUUUGGUGCUACUGUUGCACUGGUGGGUGGGUUCGCCGGAGAUUAAGAUCGAGACUAGAGCACUGCGUAUUGGGAAGGUUGUUACUGUUAUAAGGUGUUUGCAGGGGUAUUAAUUGUGAAUUUCAUUCAGCUGGAUAGCUAGCGGCUUUUUUUUUAAUCUGAUAGACUGUAAAGGAUUGCUUCUCGUGUACUGAUUCCAAGGUUAGUUAGCAAUUCGACUAUAAUUUCCAUUUUGCCCUUUGAUUGAACUCUUUAGGGUUUCAAAUGAAUUUGAUUUUUCUUCAAAAAGACAGUGAGCAAUGCUGGGCUUUUCAUAUGGAGAAAUAUUUCUGUUGCUUGGAGCCACUGCUGCUCUGAUAGGUCCAAAGGAUUUACCAAUCAUAUCCAGAACAGCAGGGAGACUUGCUGGUAGAGCUAUCGGAUAUGUACAAUUGGCUCGUGGUCAGUUUGAAAAUGUUAUGCAGCAAUCCCAGGCUCGCCAGGUUCAUAAGGAACUGCAAGACACAAUGGCUCAGCUAGAUGCUAUUCGUCAUGAAAUUCGAAGCAUAUCAAUCAUAAAUCCUGGCCCUUUGACACGAAGGUUUGCUGACAAUCCUGACCAGACAUCUACCCCAAAUGACUGUAAGAAAUCAGAAGAUUCUGGAGAGAAUCACCCGAAACCCACUGAUAUCAAGGAUUCAACUUCUGUAUCUUAUAAUUCAUGCAAUAUGCAAAAUCAAGCAACCAUUUACGCCAGAUUGGCAGAGUCCCCUUCCAUAAAGAAUGAGUUGUCAGCAAGUAGUCCUGAAGUGGAGAAGAUAGACGACAAACUGCAGCUUACUGUCUUACCCAUAUCCGCUGAAAAUGCUGGACUGUUACCAAAUCGUGGGGCUGAUGUGAAAGGAUCUGACAUAGUUCUAGAAGCAAUUUUGGAGGCAGAGGUAGCUCAUAACGCAAAGGAAUUCUUUUCGCAGCCCCAAAACCAAGUCAAAUAAAAUUGAUUAGGUAAUCCUCCAUAAACAUAGUACCUUAAAAUCUGUAGAUGGUGAAGUUUCUCGCAUUGUUAAAUGCAAAAUAAUAAGAUAUCGAUUCUUGAAUUUUUGGUGUUUUGGUUUGCUGUAUGGUUGAGUACCUUAAUUCUGGCUUUUGGCAGGGUAUUACCUGGUCCUUUGUAAGUUAAGUGAUAAAUUUAAAUGAGUUUUAAAAUAGUUGAUAAUUUAGUUUUUAAAA